UCCCUGCAACACGAGGGUUGAUUUCCACACUGCCGACGGCGCGUGUGGAACACUUUUCUUUGACCGCGCCGUCCAACUAACCAUCAUAUUAUCGAACUAAACUCGCUUUUUGUUCCAACUGCUCCUUUAUUUACUCAAAAUCCGUGGCCGAGGCGACAGACAUCGGCUCCGCGGUGAAAUUUGGUCUUACUCCGUAGUUUUUUCUUAGUCCCAUCUUUCCUCUCCUGCUACCUCGCGCGGUGUGAGUUUCACGUGGAGACCGGAGGGCUCAUCACCACGAAGCAUUCAUCAAUUUAUCAGUUACGGUGGUUAGCAUCAGCUAUCUGAGGGAAACAUGUCAAAGAUGGCAACCUUGAUCCUAGAGGACGGGACGACGUUCAAAGGGCUCCUUUUCGGUGCAGAUGUGUCAAUUUCGGGAGAAGUUGUGUUUCAGACGGGUAUGGUGGGCUACCCUGAGGCUCUUACUGACCCAUCCUACCGCUGCCAGCUGCUGACCCUCACUUACCCUCUGGUGGGCAACUAUGGCGUACCGCAGGACCGAGAGGGAGAAUUUGGACUCAGCCAGUGGUUUGAGUCAUCAAAGAUUCACGCUGCAGCCCUCAUCAUCGGUGAGCUGUCGGAGAAUCCCAGUCACUGGAGUUCAGUCAAGUCCCUGGACCAGUGGCUCAAAGAGCAAGGUGUUCCGGGAUUACAAGGCAUCGACACCCGCCGUCUGACCAAAAAGAUCCGGGAGAAGGGCACCAUGUUGGGGAAGCUGGUUGUGGACGGGACUCCAGAGGACAGUAUUCCAUUUGAUAACCCAGACAAAAGGAACCUGGUUCAGGAAGUCUCCAUGAAGGAGCCCAAGGUAUUUAACCCCAGCGGUGAUUUGAAAAUCACAGUAGUUGACUGCGGCAUCAAAUACAACCAGAUCCGCUGCCUGGCUCAGAGGGGCGCCUGUGUUACCGUCGUACCCUGGGACCACCCGCUGGACAGCAAAGAUUUUGAUGGUUUGUUCAUCAGUAACGGCCCCGGGGACCCCCAGCUCUGUCAGGCCACCAUCAACAAUGUGAGGAAAGUGGUCUGCGUGGAACGUCCCAAGCCGGUUUUUGGCAUUUGCCUCGGACACCAGCUGCUCUCAUUAGUCAUUGGAUCAAAGACCUUCAAGAUGAAGUACGGUAACCGUGGCCACAACCAGCCUUGCAUCCAUAAGGGAACGGCUCGAUGCUUCAUCACAAGUCAAAACCACGGCUUCGCCGUUGACCCAGACACGCUGCCCGAAGACUGGGACGUCCUGUUCACCAACGCCAAUGAUCACACCAAUGAGGGCAUCGUGCACAACACAAAACCCCUGUUCAGUGUUCAGUUCCACCCAGAGCACAUGGCAGGGCCCACAGACCUGGUCGGCCUGUUCGAUGUCUUCCUUGACACUGUGAAGGACCACAAGGCUGGCAACGCCACCACAUCUGUCAAGCAACGUCUCAUGGACCACCUCACCUACCCGGGUUCCCCGAAGCCUGAAGAGGUUGAACGACCGAGGAAGGUGCUCAUCCUGGGCUCUGGAGGGCUGUCCAUCGGCCAGGCCGGGGAGUUUGACUACUCCGGCUCCCAGGCCAUUAAAGCCCUCAAGGAAGAGAACAUCCAAACUGUGCUGAUCAACCCAAACAUUGCCACUGUCCAGACCUCCAAGGGCCUGGCUGACAAAGUCUACUUCUUGCCUAUCACAGCGGAGUAUGUCACUCAGGUGAUCAAAAAUGAACGUCCAGACGGCGUGCUGCUGACGUUCGGUGGUCAGACAGCUUUGAACUGCGGCGUGGAGCUCACCAAGCUGGGUGUCCUGGAGAAGUACGAAGUUAAGGUUUUGGGGACACCCGUCGCGUCCAUUGAGAUGACCGAAGACCGGAAAGUCUUUGUGGAGAAGAUGGAAGAGAUCAACGAACACGUCGCACCCAGCGAAGCGGCGCUUUCUGUCGAUCAGGCGGUGGCAGCUGCCGAACGCCUGGGAUACCCGGUUCUGGUGCGCGCCGCGUUUGCGCUCGGAGGUCUGGGCUCCGGCUUUGCCAACAACAGGGAGGAGCUCAUCGCUCUGGUGACGGCAGCCUUCGCCCACACUUCCCAAGUGCUCGUGGACAAAUCCCUGAAGGGCUGGAAGGAGAUAGAGUACGAGGUGGUUCGUGAUGCCUACGACAACUGUGUGACUGUGUGUAAUAUGGAGAAUAUUGACCCCCUGGGCAUCCAUACUGGAGAAUCCAUCGUCGUGGCGCCCAGUCAGACGCUCAACGACCACGAGUACAACAUGCUGAGGAAUACGGCCAUCAAAGUCAUCAGGCACCUCGGCAUCGUAGGAGAGUGCAACAUCCAGUACGCCCUCAACCCAGAGUCUGAACAGUACUACAUCAUCGAGGUGAAUGCCCGUCUGUCACGGAGCUCGGCCCUGGCCAGUAAGGCGACAGGUUAUCCUCUUGCUUAUGUCGCGGCCAAACUGGGCCUGGGGAUUCCACUGCCACUGCUCAAGAACUCUGUUACCAACUCGACAACAGCUAACUUUGAGCCCAGCUUGGACUACUGCGUGGUGAAGGUGCCUCGCUGGGAUCUCAGCAAGUUCCUCAGGGUUUCCACUGAGAUUGGCAGCUCCAUGAAGAGUGUUGGUGAGGUGAUGGCCAUUGGCCGUAACUUUGAAGAGGCAUUCCAGAAAGCUCUGAGGAUGGUGGACGAGAACUGUGUUGGCUUUGACCAUACCAUCAAGCCUGUCUCUGAGAAGGAGUUGCAGAUUCCUACGGACAAGCGCAUCUUUGUUUUGGCGUCGGCCUUCCGAGCCGGAUACACGGUGGACCAGCUGAAUGAGCUCACCAAGAUCGACCGCUGGUUCCUGCACAAGAUGAAGAACAUCGCCAGCCACGAGCAGUUGUUGGAAACGUACAACCAGGAUGAGAGCGCCAUGCCUCCAGAAGUGUUGCGAAAGGCCAAACAGCUGGGCUUCUCGGACAAGCAGAUCGCACAAGCUGUACAGAGCACAGAGCUUGUCGUGAGAAAGCUGCGUCACGAUUGGUCCAUCCUACCUGUAGUGAAGCAGAUUGACACAGUGGCGGCCGAAUGGCCCGCCCACACAAACUACCUGUACCUGACCUACCACGGCACAGAGGACGACCUGGCCUUCAACGACCAGCACAUCAUGGUGAUCGGCUCUGGCGUGUACCGCAUCGGCAGCAGCGUGGAGUUCGACUGGUGUGCGGUCGGGUGCAUCACAGAGCUCAGGAAGAUGGGCUAUAAGACCAUCAUGGUGAACUACAACCCAGAGACAGUCAGUACAGACUAUGACAUGUGCGACCGCCUCUACUUUGAUGAGAUUUCCUUUGAGGUGGUGAUGGAUAUCUAUGAGAGAGAAAACCCAGAGGGAGUGAUCCUCUCCAUGGGCGGCCAGCUUCCAAACAACAUCGCCAUGUCGCUGCACCGUCAGCAGUGCCGCAUCUUGGGAACUUCCCCCGAGUUCAUUGACUGUGCCGAGAACAGGUUCAAGUUCUCCCGAAUGCUGGACACCAUCGGAAUCAGCCAGCCGCAGUGGAAGGAGCUCUCCGACAGGAAGUCUGCUGUGACGUUUUGUGAGACCGUGGGUUAUCCCUGUCUGGUGCGUCCUUCCUACGUUCUCAGCGGAGCGGCCAUGAACGUCGCCUACAGCGACAGCGACCUCGAGAAAUACCUCACCGAUGCUGUAGCCGUGUCCAAGGAAUACCCUGUUGUGAUCUCCAAAUUCAUCCAAGAGGCCAAAGAAAUAGACGUAGACGCUGUCGCCUCUGAUGGGGUGGUGAUGGCCAUCGCGGUGUGUGAACACGUGGAGAAUGCCGGCGUCCACUCCGGAGACGCCACACUGGUGACGCCCCCGCAGGACCUCAAUCAGAAGACGAUGGAAAGGAUCCAGAUGAUCGUCCAUGCCAUCGCUCAGGAGCUGCAGGUCACUGGACCUUUCAACUUGCAGCUGAUCGCCAAGGAUGACCAACUGAAAGUGAUUGAGUGCAACGUCCGAGUCUCCCGCUCCUUCCCCUUCAUAUCGAAGACACUGGGUGUGGACCUGGUUGCGUUUGCAACACAGACUAUUGUGGGGGAAGACGUGGAGCCCUUGGGCCUCAUGAGGGGGAAAGGGAUUGUCGGAGUGAAGGUCCCCCAAUUUUCGUUCUCUCGCCUGGCCGGAGCCGACGUGGUGCUCGGAGUGGAGAUGGCCAGCACUGGCGAGGUGGCAUGUUUUGGGGAGAACCGAUACGAGGCUUACCUUAAAGCUAUGCUCUCCACGGGUUUCAAGAUCCCCAAAAAGAACAUCCUGCUGUCCAUCGGCAGUUAUAAGAACAAGAGUGAGCUGCUACCCACCGUGCAGUCUCUGGAGUCCAUGGGUUACGACCUGUAUGCCAGUCUGGGUACUGCAGACUUCUAUACAGAACAUGGUGUCAAGGUGAAAGCAGUGGACUGGCCAUUUGAGGAGGAGGUGAGCCAGUGUCCCACCAAAGAGAAGCAGCGCAGCAUCAUGAACUACUUGGAGGAAAACCACUUUGAUCUUGUCAUCAACCUCUCCGUGAGGAACAGUGGAGGUCGCCGGCUCUCCUCCUUUGUCACCAAGGGCUACAGGACAAGACGCAUGGCCAUCGACUACUCCGUCCCACUCAUCAUCGACAUCAAGUGCACCAAGCUCUUUGUGCAGGCUCUUCAUCAGAUCGGAGGGGCUCCACUGGUGAAAACGCACAUCGACAGCAUGACGUCCCAGACGCUGGUCCGUCUGCCGGGUCUGAUCGACGUGCAUGUUCACUUGCGGGAACCCGGUGCCACACACAAGGAGGACUUCUCCUCUGGGACAGCAGCUGCUCUGGCAGGAGGCGUGACCAUGGUGUGCGCGAUGCCAAAUACUUCCCCCGCCAUCACUGACGCCGGCACCCUGGCCUUGGCACAGAAGCUGGCCAAAGCGGGCUGUAGGUGUGACUACGCCCUGUAUUUGGGCGCCGCUUCGGACAACACCGACGUACUGCCGUCCAUCGCCAGCCAGGCUGUCGCCCUGAAGAUGUACCUGAACGACACGUUCUCCACCCUCAAGAUGGACAACGUAUCUCUCUGGAUGGAGCACUUUGAGAAGUGGCCGAAGCAGAUGCCCAUUGUUGCUCAUGCUGAGAAGCAGACUGUGGCCGCUAUCCUUAUGGUGGCCCAGCUAUACCAGCGGCCAGUCCACAUCUGCCACGUGUCCUCAAAGGAAGAGAUCUUGAUCAUCAGAGCAGCAAAGCAGAAGGGCAUCCAGGUCACAUGUGAGGUGGCCCCUCAUCACCUCUUUCUUUGCGAAGACAACGUGGCGAUGAUCGGAGACGGACGGGCGCAGGUACGACCCAUGCUGGGAACCCGCGAGGACAUGGAGGCUCUCUGGGAGAACCUGGACAUCAUCGACUGCUUUGCUACGGAUCACGCUCCCCACUCUGUUGAGGAGAAGAGCGGGGACCGGCCCCCUCCGGGGUACCCCGGCCUGGAGACCAUGCUGCCGCUGCUGCUGACCGCAGUCAGUGACGGACGUCUCAUUCUGGAUGACAUCAUCAAGCGUCUUUACGACAAUCCACGCAAGAUCUUCAGCCUUCCUGUGCAGGAAAACACCUAUGUAGAGGUGGACUUGGAGCAGGAGUGGGUUAUUCCUCAGGCCAUGCAGUUCACUAAGUCAAAGUGGACACCGUUCCAGGGUAUGAAGGUGAAGGGAAAAGUCCGCCGUGUGGUUCUUCGAGGAGAAGUGGCCUACAUCGACGGCAAGGUGUUGGUGCCUCCGGGUUAUGGCGAAGACGUGAUAGCGUGGCCCACUUCUUUGGUUCAUCGUUUUGAACCUGCCAAAGAAAGUCCAAUGACUCCAGAGCAUUCACGUCCAACCCCUCCCCGGGAAGGUCCAAUACGAACCAGAGCACCCAGCCCCCGCCGGUUAGCAGGUGAGAGCCGCUACCUGCUGCCUCCUCGUAUCCACCGCUCCUCCGAUCCUGGACUACCACCAGAGAUGGUUAUGCUUCCAGCAGCAAGCGCUGGCGACGGCUACAGCCACCCUCCUCCUCUGUCCAGGAUGCUGUCCCCUCAGUCUGGAACAGGACAGCUACUUGCUGGACCGUUGUCCCACCUUCAGACCUCUCCUCUGCUGCACCCACUGGUGGGCCAGCACGUCCUGUCUGUCAGACAGUUCAGCAAAGAGCAGAUGUCCCACCUGUUUAAUGUGGCCCACACUUUGCGUAUGAUGGUUCAGAAAGAACGAAGCCUGGACCUCCUGAAGGGCAAAGUGAUGGCAUCCAUGUUCUACGAGGUCAGCACCCGCACCAGUAGCUCCUUCGCGGCGGCCAUGCAGCGUCUCGGCGGCUCCGUUGUCCACUUCAGUGAAUCCACGUCGUCGACACAGAAGGGAGAAUCUGUGGCCGACUCGGUCCAGACCAUGAGCUGCUACGCCGACGUCCUGGUGCUCCGACACCCGAUGCCUGGAGCCGUGGAGAGUGCCUCUCGUCAUUGCCGUAAGCCUGUGAUCAACGCUGGAGACGGCGUCGGGGAGCAUCCAACUCAGGCACUGCUUGACGUCUUCACCAUCCGAGAGGAGCUGGGGACGGUCAACGGCAUGACAAUAACUAUGGUUGGGGAUCUGAAACACGGCCGCACGGUUCAUUCCCUCGCCAAGCUGCUGACCCAGUAUCGCAUCACCCUGCGCUACGUGGCUCCAAAGGACCUCCACAUGCCAGCAGAGAUCAUCAGCUACGUGGCCUCAAAGGGCAUCAGACAGGAGGAGUUUGAAAGUAUUGAGGAAGCUCUGCCAGAGACAGACGUCCUCUACAUGACAAGGAUUCAGAAGGAGAGGUUUGCAUCGGAGGAAGAGUACAAGGCUUGUUUUGGCCAGUUCAUCCUCACCCCUCACAUCAUGACUGUGGCCAAAAAGAAGAUGGUGGUGAUGCAUCCGCUGCCGAGAGUCAAUGAAAUCAGUGUGGAGGUGGACACCGACCCAAGGGCGGCGUAUUUCCGUCAAGCAGAGAAUGGCAUGUACAUCCGAAUGGCCCUCCUGGCCACCGUACUGGGCAGAUAGAGCCACGUGGUGUCUAUUUGCGGCACAAAUUGUGGACAUUUUUAAGAGGGAUACGUCCUAGACACCAUUCCAGCCCUUCAGUGGAUUUCUCGUUUCUAGUCCCGGAAGCGUGUUUGUAGAAUUAAAUACAACAAUGAAACUAACUUAAUCGUUAGGUUUCCAAACUCGUUUCAUGCUGCUACGGACCGUUACUUGUUUUUCAACAAUUGUUUUUUUUUCCCGUUUUCCUCUAAUCGGCCACUGAACUAGAAAGACUAGACUCUGAAGUCAUAACCUCUAUGGCCUUAUGAUGUGUGUUAUUAAUUAAAGGUAUUGGUCACUGAAUGAAUGAAUUUAAAGGGACCCGUUACAAUAUUAAAAUGGAGGAAACGGUGAGAGCUAGCUCUGUUCUGACCAAUAAUACUUCCAGUUUGCUGUACUAUCUACUUCAAAGUGUUGCGUUAACUGAGAAUUAAUACACACACACACUCUUCAAACUCUGCCGUUAAUGGGUUAGGAGUGAUUCCUUAUACUGCUGCAGUUUAGAAGUACUUUUAUGCUCUGUCAACUAUUGCCAUUAAGUGUUGAUGAAUGACUGUACUAUGUGGAGAAAUUAAUAAUAAAAACUAUUUUCUCUUUG